AUGGCCACAAAUUCCACUUUUAUGUGUUCUAAGAGGAUAAGGUUUUGGAAUUUUGGAUCAAAGUUCUUUGUGAUUGUGAGUUGGCCUCCUCACUUGGGCACCCACAGAUUUCAAAUGGAAAAACCAACUUACAUUGCAGUUAUUCCCAGCGUAGGGUUCAGCCACUUGGCUCCCAUUCUUCAUUUCUCAAAGCGACUUGUUGAGCUCCAUCCACAUUUCCAUGUCACAUGCAUUGUUCCCUCCAUUGGCUCUCUCCCAACUAACUCAAAAGCUAUCCUCCAAACUCUUCCACCAAACGUCAACCCCGUUCUUCUUCCACACCGCUCAACCUCAAUGACCUUCCACAAGGGCUUUCCAUUGUGGCCCAAAUCCAUCAAGCUAUGCGUCUCACCAUGCCAUCGAUCCAUCGGACCCUAA